AUGGCCAUAUUAUUCUUGCAUCCAGAUUUGGGUAUUGGGGGAGCGGAGCGCGCAAUUAUUGAUGCGGCGAUGGCUGCAAAGUCCGCUGGAUAUGACGUCGAAAUUAUUACGAAUUUUCACGAUAUUAAGCAUGCUUUUGAUGAGACGGUUAACGGUUCCCUCAAGGUUACUUCAGUUUUUCAGUGGCUACCAAGAAGCAUAAUGGGCCGUUUUGUGGCGUUGUGCGCCUUCAUAAAGAUGAUUUUGGCUUCUGUUUGGAUCGUAUUCGCGCGUUGCAAGUCGGUUGAUUUGGUAUUCGUGGAUCAGGUGUCUGCUCCCUUGCUUGUGCUGAAGUUGGCUGGCAUCAAAACGAUAUUUUUUGGUCACUUCCCUGAUCUACUACUGUCGCCUCAUAAGUCCUGGAUCCGGAGAGCCUAUAGAUAUCCACUAGAUUUCUUCGAGGAGUUUACGACGAGUAUGGCCGACACAUUACUUGUAAAUAGUCGGUUCACUGGUGCCGUCUUUAAACAAACGUUUCCUUCGCUUAAGAAUCGCAAAAUAAAGGUGUUGUAUCCCGUUCCGAACACCAAUAACUUGGUUUUGCCACGUGGGAUACGUGUAAAGAUUUCCAAUACAGCUUACCAUCCUCCAGAUGCUGGGGCUGCUCUUCGGAGUCUCCACAAGAUCUUAGGUGUUCGUCCUAAACUGAUGUUCUUGUCGAUAAAUCGGUAUGAAAGAAAAAAGAAUAUUCAACUUGCUUUUGAGUCAUUUGCAACUCUAAAAGAAAAUUGGUCUGAAUUGGUAAAGGAUUCGCCUUUGUCCUUCUCCGAUGUUUACAUUGUUCAUGCCGGUGGGUACGAUGUACGUGUUCGCGAAAACGUGGAGUAUUUUGAUGAGCUCAAGCAAUUGUUGGAGGAUUUGAAGAUUUUGGAACAGGCUAUGCUGCUGCGGUCCGUAUCGUCUGAAUUCAAAUCUCUGUUGAUUGCGGCGAGCUCGGUUCUGAUUUACACCCCUGCCUUCGAGCACUUCGGCAUUGUGCCGAUUGAGGCUAUGUAUCUUGGUAGGCCUGUCAUUGCAAUGGAUGCUGGAGGUCCACGCGAGACCCUCGUUCAUCAACAAACUGGGUUUCUUUGUCCUAUUCCCAGUGCUGAUGCUUUCGACAAUACGGAAGUCGCUGCCAAGAUUGCUGAAUACAUGUGCAAGUUUAUCAACGAUCCAGAGCUUACAACAACGAUGGGAAAAUACUCUCAUGCACAUGUUCUGCAUAAAUUUUCGACAAAGGCUUUCCAAAAAAAACUUUGUUGCAUUAUUGAAAAUACUCUCUCCAGUUAA